CAAUACACUUUGUAAUCAGCCCGGCAAGGGUAUUUGGACACAAUGACUUGGAAAUAAUUAAUAGUUAUAAGAGGGGAGUGGGGUGAGAAGGGGGGGAGAGAUGUCACCAUAUUUUAUCGGAGCACUUUACACUCCACGCUAAACUUUGAUCUCCAGAUUCUCGGAUUUAGGAAAGGGGAGAAAAAAAAGAGAAUAAAGUCCAGUAUUUCGAAGCACCUACCAGCUUGAGGAUGGGCACAAUCCUGGCUCCGGGAGCCUCAUCCCUACGCUCGCGCCGCCCAGGCUGGCGCUUUGAGCAGAGAGCCCCCGGGGGCUCUAGGGUAUCGGUUGCCCCCGCCCGCGUUCACGCCCCGGCACCCGCGGCCGCCUCGACUUACCCGCAGAGUCCGGGGAGGGAGUGGGAGCGCCGCCUUCACGCCCGCGGAGGAGGCGCCGGCAGCACCAUGGUCCCCGGCGCCGCUGCCGCUGCCGCUGCCCCUUGCCCGUUUGCUCGCCGCGCGCUCUCUUCCUCUUGCAAACUUUCGGGUUCUGCGGUCGACAAGAAACCAGGGCGACCCUCAGCAAGUCUUCCCGGCUCAGGAAAACGCCCAGGGGCUAGCAUGUCAAUCAGUUGUUUAACACAAAUUACCUGCUCUUCCAGAGAUCAGUCACAUGCAAAAAACUCUGUCCAAUUCUUUGAAAAGACCUGUCACCCCAGAAGCUGCCAAACUCCUAAGCCAGCAUUUCCAGCUACUGGCUGGCUGGUGUAUCAGGCCAACUCUUAAUGAGAAUGUAUUGAAAGCCACUCCUGUGGAUUCCUACAAAGUACCUUUGGGGGAGGAGGGGGCAAGUUCUGUUCCAUUCCUUGAGACCAGCACAAUUGUAGAUAAUAAACAUCCUGAAAAGGUUAUUAUAAAUUCUUAUGGAUAAUGUCUUAUUACAAAUAUCGUUACACAUUCAUUUACAGAAGAAUUCUAAAUCUCUAUUGCAAUAAUAGUGUAAGACUACCACUUUAAAAUUGUAUCUGUUUUGCAAGCAAAAAAAUAAAGCCAUUCACCAGUGCUACAGUAUAAAGCCAGAGAAAGGGAGACUGUGCUAAGGUAAUUCCAUCAUAAAAUUCACGUUGAAUGCAUGCUAUACAAGAUUCUAUGCUAUCCAGACAAGACCAUCUAUUGGAUCUUUUAGACUAGAGUCUAGAUGAAGAAAAUGCAUUUUAGUUUGUGUAGAACUUCCUAGCUUUCUAGAGACUAGGGUUCCUAUUAAUCUUUGAUUCAAGACAUCAGACAUUUUGACAUACCGUCUAUGUUCUAGACCAUAUAGUAGACAAUGAAGACUGCAAAAUUAAAACCCCUGCCUUUGAGGAGCUCACAGUCUACAACUGUCAGUAAUAAUAUCUAAUAUUUAUUGAAUGCUUUCUAUGACCUAGGCACUGAUGAAAACUUUAGGUCAAGUCAAUUCAUAGUUGCAACAAUCCUUUAACAUCUCUGGAAAUUCCAUAUGCUGAACUCACAUGAAAUUAAGUGGAAAUCUACAAAGUAGCCAGUCUAUGGCAGAGAAAACUGUUUUCCAUUUCCAAAAUGUUUAUACCAGAUACAACAUGGUUAUGGUGUGUGUUGAGUUGCAGAAUUAUAACUCAGGGAAAUAGCAAUUUAUUUAAAUGAGACAAAUUUAUUCAUAGUCUGUAAAGAACAAUUCAUGCUCUGAUCCUGUUUUCCAGAUUGUAUGGUGAGCUUUAAAAAAAAUUGUGAGUAUUGCCAUAUUAAAAAGAUCUUUAGGUUGCUACUGA